AUGCAGAAGCUCUGUGAUGCCGCAGCCUGUCUGGAAUCAGUAGGAUAUGCACACGGAGAUAUCAACCCACGAAACAUCCUCUUUGAUGACGAAGACCAGGUUCGAUUUAUCGACUAUGACCAUUCACUCAAGGUUGGAGAGACCGUAGAAGUGGGAUUUGAGCCAUAUGUUCGUCACCGAAAGGAGGAUUAUGGGAUAGCUGGGCCGGAUACCGAGCAGUUUGCGCUGGGCUCUGUGUUUUGGUUCAUGAGUCGAGGGACUGAGUUGUAUGCGGAUAUAGACGGUGCGGAAAGGGUCAAUAGGCUUAUAGGAUGUAAAUUCCCGGAGCUAAAUGUCGAAAGUGACCCGAUCGAUGCAAUCAUUUACGACUGCUGGCAUGGGAAAUUUGAGUCAAUCGCAGCCCUGGCACGACGUGUCCGGCAGGUUGUACUCGAUGAGAGUCUGAAGGAGAAGCGGAAGAUGUGUGAGGAGAGCUACAGCCGUAUCAGUAGUUGCAUCGAUAGCGCCUCCUAA